CUGCAAACCCUGUACACUGAGGUCAAUUCUCUUCGUGUUCGCCUACCUGGUCCCAUGUGUAGCGUUUAUCUUCAACAAGAAGCUACGAGGCUUUGUGUUCAGAGCUCUUCAAAACUAUUCUCUUCAAGCACUAUUGCAUGAUUACUAUAGACCAAAGAGACGAGUUAGUCCAAUGAAUGUCCCUGAAGCAAAAGGGAGAGUUGAACUUGAACCCAAACCUCGUACAAGGCCCAGACUCGAAGCACAUCGAAGCAGACGUUCCAUUGACAUGGGGGAAAUAGAAUUCACUUUAACACACAACUCAGGAUCAGUAUUGAUUGAAGCUGAGAUACACACAGCCUUUACAACAGUUAAGACUGAGAACUAUGAAGACGACCUCAUCGAAACUUUUCCCGGACAUUGUGAAAUAGACACAAGGACGAGUUUUGCUACUGAGAAGUAUGAAGACGACCUCAUCGAAAAUAUUCCUGAUAAUGCUCCCGGGCACAGUGAACUAGACAGAAGGAAAAGUUUUGCUAGUGAGAAUUAUGAAGACGUCCUCAUCAAAACUAUUCCUGAUAAUGCUCCCGGGCAUUGUGCACGCGACAGAAAGAGUUCUGCUAGCGAGAGUUAUGAAGAUGACCUGAUCGAAACUAUUCAUGAUGGGCACAGUGAACUAGACGGAAGGACGAGUUUAACGCGUAAAGAGAUGGUUGGUGAAGAAAGUUCUAGAAGAUUAAAUGAGAUGGUUGGUGAAGAAAGUUCUAGAAGAAUAAAUGAGAUGGUUGGUGAAGAAAGUUCUAGAAGAAUAAAUGUUGAUUCAACAGAACAAAUUCAGUUUAAUCUUCCUGGACAGAUAAUGGAGUAAUUAUAAUAAAAAUAGUUAAAAACAAAAA